AUGAAUGAACAAGAUACUAGUAAUAUAAAUAAUUAUUGUAAUAAUAGUUUAUUAUUUAAAAGAAUAAUAGGAAAUAGAUAUAUUCAAAGAUUAAUAUUUGAAUUGAUCAAAACAAUCAAUCAAGAAGAGAUUGAUAAUGAACAUCAAGUAGCAUUUAGAGCAACUGAACCGUCGCGGUUUGUUCCUCGACUACACCUGUAUCGAUGGAACCAAUUAAAAGAGAAUGUGUAUCAAUUGGCUGCUAGAGGUUAUCUAAAUGAAUUGUCACCGGUAUUAGAGUCACAAGAGAUAAGAUUAAACUUGUUAAAUAUUGAUGGUCAAGACCGUGGCAGUGACGAUCAAUUCAAUCAAAAUACAAACAAAAUGUUAUCACAAUGUAUUAAUACUUUUGGUUAUGCUGGUUCACUUUGUAAUUCUACCUCUACUUCAUCAUCCUCUUCAUCAUCCUCUUCUAAUAAUAUUAAUAAUAAUCAUAGUUUAAUAUUUAUACCAAAUAUUGAAAAGAUAAUUGAUAUCAUUUGUAAAUAUAAUCAUAGAAAUAUAAUAGAUUAUAUUUAUAAUAGGUAUGGUACUACUACCACUACUACUACUGGUCAAGAUCAAUCAAUCAUGUAUUAUCUUCAAAAGGGUGCAAUACAGUAUGGUCACUUGGAGUUGUUCAAAGAUUUGUACAAAGUCAACAACAAUAAGUUUCAUUGUGCAACUGCCAAACUGACACCAAUCAACCAACAUGUCAUUAUCCAUUGUUUAGAGCUGAUAAAAGCAAGGAAUGGGAGUACACCUAAAAUCAGACAUUUGGAGAGUGACCCCGACCACUACAUCAAUGUCGAUCUUUCAAACCUUGGGUUAUGCAGUAUCGACAUACUCAGAUACAUGUCGCAGAAUAGAUUCCUCGGCCCGACUUUUACACCAGCCACCAUGGAGCAAGCAUGUUCUACCAACAACUAUGACGUCGUUCGAUUCCUCCAUGAAACAAGACAAGAAGGAACCACUAAAGAAGCUGUCGAAGCUGCUUGUCUAAAUGGCAACCUAAAGGUUAUUCAGUAUCUGUUGGAGACUGUCAAAGUACCGUGUACCACUCGUGCCAAAGACAAUGCAGCUCUACACUCUCUUGAAACCUUUCAAUUUGUUUGUCAAUUUAAUACCGGUCAAAUCUACUCUAGUCUGGCAUUGACACAUGCAUUGGAAAACAAGUGUAGUAGUCAUGAAGGAAUGUCUAUUAUACUCUGGAUAAAACAUCGAGAUGAACCAUUGUAUUUGUCACUCUUGGAAACACUCGUUUAUAAAAGAAACUCUCAUUCCGACUGUCUUUUAUACUUGGUAGCCAACAAAUUGCAGUCUGUUGUAAAGGAUGACACACCAAAACAUAGACAAUUGUUUGAAGAGGUACAGAUGGCAGUCAUAAUGGAUCGUGUCGAUAUCAUUCGAUGGAUUAUUAAUAAUGAAAAGGCAGCCACCAUUACUACUAGAUACACCGACACUAUAUUCAUACAAGCACACUCGUUGGAGAUGGUUACCUAUCUUGAACAAGAACUCAUUCCAGUGGUAUUGGGAAACAAACCUCAAGCUAAAAAAACAUUAAAAUAUACCUAUGCUCUUUCAAUUUGUCCGUAUGGUCAAGACAAAGACAAUCGGUCAAUGUAUAGUGGUAGUGGUGCAUAUGACAAGCGAGACGACCAAGUAUUCAACCAGCUGUAUGGUCAAGUCGAGAAAUUCCAACAAGUAAAUCUCACCAAUAUCGGCAAUGCCAUCAAAUACAAUCGAAGUGCAAUAUUAUCGACUCUAUUAUCGUCUGUGCCUGCCAACAAACAAUAUCCCGUAGAAUCACUAUUAAAUGAUAUUAAAAUAUCUUGUAGUAGAGGACACGUUGAUACAAUCAAAGUUGUAUUAAAACAUUAUCCUUUAAUUGUACUCUCUGAUAGUGCAAUUUGGUCGGCACCCCUCCCAAUGCUAUUGUACCUAUUUACCAAUCAUCUCUGUAUGCUUGCUGCAUCUGUUAGAUCACUGGUCUGUCAAUCACAAGUGCCACAAGCUCUCACCAAUCCACCACCAGUCUCUAAGAUGGUACAAAUCGUACUAACCAAAGGACUAGAAGAGGUAUCAGGUUAUUUUAAAAGUCGUGGUGGAUCAAUAUUUAAGUUAACUCCUCAAUCCCUCAUUCCUCUUUUUUCAACUGGCACAUCAGAUGAUCAACUUGUUGAUCCCAUUUCACAAACACCAACCACUUUGGCAUUGGAUAUACUGAAGUUUAUUCAUUAUAUUAUACAUCGAUACUAUCUAAAAGAUUCACCUGUACACAUUACUACAAUUAGAAAUGAUCAAAUAAGAUCUGUACUUACCAAAAUUACAAAUUUAAAAAAUUAA